AUAUAAAAUUCAGAUACACACAUUUUGGCAAUGGCUGUUCCUGUUGCUGUAAUUUUGGUGGUAAUACUAGUACCAUUUAGUGGGGUUGUGAAUGGAAAAGAAGAGCUUAAGGGGUGUGAUAUAUACAAUGGAAGAUGGGUUUAUGACUCUUCAUAUCCUCUAUACAAUUCAAGUCAGUGUUCCUUCGUAGAGAUACCAUUUGCUUGCCAGCAAAAUGGUCGUCCUGAUAAUCUUUAUGUCAAAUACAGAUGGAAACCCUAUUCAUGCAACCUGCCAAGGUUUAGUGCAACUAAGUUCUUGGAGAAGUAUAGGAAUAAGAGAAUAAUGUUUGUGGGAGACUCCAUAAGCUUGAACCAGUGGCAGUCACUCGCCUGCAUGCUUCAUUCUCGAGUUCCUCAUGCUGCUCACAUUUCAGAGCGAGUCGAAGGUGUCUCUACCUACACCUUUCUGGACCACAAUGUGUCGUUGAUACUUUCCAGAAACGCACUGCUUGUAGACAUUGCUCACAAGUCAUGGGGGAGGGUUCUGAAACUGAAUUCCAUUUCUGAAGAUGAUGCUAAACUGUGGCGAGGGAGCCAUGUCUUGGUGUUCAACUCGUGGCAUUGGUGGCUUCACCGUGGCAGGAAACAACCAUGGGAUUUCAUUACAGAUGGAGAAGAUUUACAUAAAGACAUGGAUCGUUUAGCUGCCUACGAGAUAGCCUUGUCAACAUGGGCUAAAUGGGUAAAUGAGAACAUUGAUUUUACCAAAACUGAAGUAUUCUUCCAAGGGAUUUCACCAACGCAUACGAAUGCUAAAUUAUGGGGGAACUAUGAUGGAGAGAGUUGCCGUGAAGAAACAAGGCCAAUGUUUGGUUCACCAUAUCCAAGAAAAAGGCUUCCAGCUGAAGUGAUAGUUGAGAGAGUAAUAGGCAUCAUGUCUAAGAGGGUACAUUUGCUCAAUAUAACAAGACUGUCACAGCAAAGAAAAGAUGCGCAUCCUUCUGUUUAUGGCAUACCAGAAAAGCAUCUUCAAAUUGGCAUGGAUUGCAGCCAUUGGUGUCUUCCGGGAGUUCCUGACACAUGGAAUGAGCUCUUGAUUGCUGAGCUCACAAGGAGUUAA